CGGACGGACACAAAGGAGAGGAGCGGCCGGUCGCGGACGCGGGCCGCGGGCCGGGCGCCGGGCGGCCUUAUCACCGCGGGGCACACAGUCGGCUCGCGCGGCCCGCGACGCACGCCUUGACUCGCGCUCCGCUCGCAUCCGCUCCGCCGCGCCGCGCCGUCGCUCAGUGACUUGUGAACAACUGAUCAGUGAAACUGGAACCAGUGACUCGUGCCGCGCAUUGCGCACCCGAGCUAUAUUUUUAUUGGUCGGAGUGCUUCAUUCACGGACGUUUAUAAUAUAGCAAUAACGGCUGGCCUGUCAAAAAUUGUAAACACAGCACACGUGCCCGCUCGCAAGAAGCGAGAGGUGAAAAUGGCGACCAAGGGCAAGCGUCCGAUGCGCGCCCUGACGCCAGGCGACAAGAUCGAGGCCAUCCAGCGCGUCAACGACGGCGAGUCCAAAGCGUCAGUGGCGCGCGACAUCGGCGUGCCCGAGUCCACGCUACGCGGCUGGUGCAAGAACGAGGACAAGCUGCGCUACAUGACCUCACGGCUGUCUUCGCCCGACACUGACAAGAGUAACGACGAGGAGCCGCCCGACAAGCGCGCGCGCACUGUCUCCCCCGCCGCGCCCUCGCCGCCUGCGCCCUCCGGACUCGACCUCACCGCGCCCGUCGCCGCCGCUGCACAACUCCCACCACAACCAGUUGACGCACCCGUCGAGUUGACCACCAAACGAGUAGACCCCGUGCCUGCGCCGCACCCGCCCCGCGAGCGGCGCCCCGACCCUGGUGCCAGUGUCUCCAUGAGCGCUAUCAGCCCGUUGUCGGGACUCGGACACAUCCCCGGCCUCGCACACUCACACCUAGGCCUGAGUUUCAAUGAGAUCGCAACCAACCUCACAUUGCUAGCGCAACUCAACCCUGGCCUGUCCGCGCUCUCCGCGCAACCGUCUAGUCUCCUGCGCUCCGUGCGCUCACCGAAGCCCGCACACAAUGGCGUGCUCAACAUGAAUGAAAGCAAACACCGAAGUAAGUCACAUCACUCAGAUCCGUACCGCCAUAUCGGAUCCAAGUCUAGCCACCAUGGGACAGCAACCUCCACUGCGAGUCAACCAGUGGAUGACACACUGUGGUAUUGGCUCAAAACACAACAAGCUAUGUUAGAUCUCACCGCGCAGACAACCGCCGCUCAUCCCCUGCAGCUCGGCAAAGCGAACGACGCCACCAUGCAAGCAAAACCAGUAGCGCCCGCUGCUCCUGUCAAUCCGCAUCUGGAUUAUAACAGGAAUUCCUGGCUGUGGCAAUACUACAAGCAAUUCGGCGGAGCAAUGCCACUGCCCGACGAUAAGCACAAGUCUGCCGCACAGGUGCCAAAAGACAAAACCGCAGAAAACAUUCUCUACUCCCAACUGACAAAAGGCAAAGGCGAGGAGGAAAAAGUAUUAACGACGAUGCACACAGAACGAUCACAUUUGAGGGAGGAAGAGGCCCGCAGCACUCCGAAAGAGGAACCGCGUGCCGCGGAACCUCCCGCGAGUCCCGAUAUGGGAACAGAAAAUAAAGAACCUUCCACGGAACGUAGCAAUGAAUCUGCCAAGACCCAGACGAAGGCGCGAACCGUCCUCGACAACUUGCUGUUCAAUAACACAAGCCCCACAGCGGCGAACAAAGAGAGCCGGAGCGAGAAUCUGGCCAACGGCGAGUGGGAGGCAGGCGCGGCGGAGGCGCUGGAGCACGGCGACAAGUUCCUCGCGUGGCUGGAGGCGAGCGGCGACCCGAGCGUGACGCGCAUGCACGUGCACCAGCUGCGCGCGCUGCUGCACAAUCUGCGCGCGCGCCGAGUGCCGCCACCGGACGCCGACGCCGACCACCACCAUCACCACCAUGCCGACCACGCGGCGCGCCGCAAGUAGACGCCGCGCCGCGCGCCACGCUCGCUACAGGGAAUUAUUCAAUUAUGUACAUAGUUACGUCGUCGCCAGUAAGCGUUCACUUGUGAUAUGUGUAGCCAAAUUUGCGUAAUUUCUUUGUUCUAAAAGAAAAGCUAUGCAUUAUUUUCUUUAGUAUGUAAGUGUAAGCUCCACCACGAUCCACUGUUUGAGCGUCGUCGCAUCGCGGGCGCUCCUCCCCACGACAUGUAAAACUCGAUAGACAAUUUGUAUAAAUGUAUGUUGUACCCGGCGUGCAUCACUUCCGAUGCACCGCACUGAACUGUUACAUGUUUAGGUUAAGUAGUGAAGCUGUAUGUUGCCAUUCGACGAUUACAUUCCUAGUUGUACCCUUACUGUAGUUCAUAGUUCGAUCCCUAAGUUCUACCUCAAGUCAAAACUAUACUAAGUCACGCACGACGUCCUUUCAACCGUUCACUGAGUGGUAGAUGUGUGUGUAUGUAUGUGUAUGUAUGUCUGUACGUCUGUACGUGCGAGGGUGGCUGUUGGAGGGCGGGUGGCGAGCGAGGUCGGGCGCGUGACGCUAGUGUCGCUGACGAUACCAAAUAUUAAAGGAUGCGAACGUAUUGUUGUGCCAAUCGUACGAACAAGGUAAUAUUGUUAAGAUAUAGAUGACUCUAUCGCGUUAGCUAAGCGCUCGUUGUGUAAAUGUUUUCUAUUGCUCAGUAUUUUAUAUAAAUUGUAGAUAUAUAACCCUAACGUCUCGACUCGGAAUUGUAUUAUACGUUAAAGUUAACAGUUAAGGACACUGUGAUCAAAAUUAUAAAUUAUUGAGAGAUUAUUAAUAUUGUAAGUACAUUCCUAAUUAUUAAUAGAGUGUGUUAUUGUAAUGUUAUGGAAGUAUUGUCCAAAGCGGUGGUGCGUGUGAGCAGGUAACUCGGUACGUUCUACAGAACUGUCUCCCACAAUGAACGUAUGAUUUGCAUUUCGUGUUAAUUAUAUCUCCACUUGGAAAAUUAUUCGAGAGAUAAUAUUUUGUACAAAA